CCUAUUAAUUUUUGGAGCAAGGGUGCAGAAAUUCCGAGUCUAUUACAAAGUUAGUGCUUCAAAUUCAUGGCUUGGUCAAGGAAGGACCACCACCGAAAAAUAGAACCAUCUGCCGAAAAAUUGCGGGAAACAGAUGACCACCCUCAAUUUCCUCGAAACAUGGCGUAUGGCUCGCCUUCUAAGGAGCGUCUCAAGGGUGCGCCUGUUCCAAGAAAUGAUGAUCGUAGUAGUACUGAUGAAUCGGAUGAUGACAAUUAUGACAGGCAUGGGGGAUAUGGAGGGUCGUACUCGCCUAAGAUGGUACGUACUAAACCCGAACAUGACACUGAUUAUGCUUCCGAUUCCCCAAAAGCCGGUGGGAAUCCUUCUUUUAGAUUUCCUGCUGGUAGAAAACCGCAUCACAAAUUUCCUGCUCAAGAUCCACGCUAUGAAACGAAAAAUAAUACAGCAUAUGACAAUGUCAAAGGUAAGACGUCUGAAAUUUCGAAGCCUAAAUAUGAACAGCAACAACAAGUUAAUCCACAUCCCACGACACGUCCAGGGAAAGAGGACCGUCAAGAGGUAAUUAACUGCAGAGAGGCUUGUAACCGUUAUGGAGGCAUAUUUGUAGAUCAGCCAAAACAGGGGAAGGAGGAAUACAAAAGAACAAUUAACUGCGUAGAGGCUGCAACGAAAUACAAUGGCAUCUUUGUGCGUAAUCCUGUGCCUAAUCCAGUGCCUAAACCUAAAUAGAAUGUGGUGUUUCGAAUAAUAUUGGUAUCUUACUUUCCCUCACUUAAGAAAGUGGUGUACUUAGGUUGUCUUGUUAUGAGAAAGUCCUGGUACUAAUAGUGUUGUGUGUCCUACUUCAUGUUUGGAAGAUAGCAUAUAUAAUGCAUGCCUUCUACUUGAGUAACUUUGUGCACUCACUUGCCUUUUAUUCAUGAUUUUUGGAAUUACAUA